GGAUGGGGGGACAGGGUGGGCUAGAGUGAAGCAACAGCAGGAACUGCUCCUGGUGUAAACCAUGAAACAAGGUCCCUCCAGAUCAGAAUGUUUUCUUUGGGCUCUUAAAGCUGGCUGGAUUGUAGUGGAGCAAUCAAACUGGUAUCUUGACAACGCUGGAGAAAGGAACUGCAGAGGUGGGCACACUUUGCUUUUGGGGCAAAGAGGAUAGAGAUCUCCGAGGGAGUAAGGCCAGCCUAGCUAGUGAAGGAAAAGCUGGUUGGGUUUUGUGCCAUCUCUGAGGAAGGGGCACCCAAGCUUGUAGCUCCCUCUGCCCUCUUUGUGUGGCUUCUGAGGCCAGAGCGUGCCUGUGUGGGAAGGGGCACGCCGGGAGCAAGCACGGCCAGGUAGGCAAGCAAAGUCCUCUCCUAGCGGAAAAACAAGCUCGAUACGUGGCCGCAGGUGACUCUGCCCUCCCAGCAUCAUUGCGAGAACGGAGGGGCUCAUUAGCAGCAGCCGAAAGAGGUCCUCACCGUCCUAGUCCUCACUGAGUACGUAGCUAGAGGGAUAAGAAAGGCGGUGGAACAAUAAAAUCAGCGCGCAUGGGCGUGGACGGAACAAUAAUAGCGUCGCACAUGGAAGUGGACCGAAGCUGGCUUCUCCUUGUUGUCACGGUAGCCGGCCACUUCCGGGCUGUUCCGGCAGCAACCGCGCCCGCUGCGGCUGGUUCCGAGGAGGGCGACCGUCGCUUGCCCCGCCGCUGCCAUGGCCUCCCCCGGUCACCGCGACGCUCCGGAGCUGCCCGACUUCGGCCUCCUGAAGCGCCUCGCUCGGGACCAGCUGGUCUACUUGCUGGAGCAGCUCCCAGGCAAGAAGGACCUGUUCAUCGAGGCCGACCUGAUGAGCCCCCUGGACCGAAUCGCCAACGUCUCCAUCCUCAAGCAACAUGAAGUGGACAAGCUUUACAAGGUGGAGAACAAGCCAGCCCACAGUACUAGUGAUCAAUUGUGCUUUUUGGUCCGGCCACGGGUCAGGAAUAUGAAGUAUGUGGCAGACAUAGUGAACUCUGAUAAGGCAGCUGGUCGGACCCGCAAGUACAACAUUAUCUUCAGUCCUCAGAAGUUCUACACAUGUGAGAUGGUGUUGGAAGAAGAGGGGAUCUAUGGGGAUGUGACCUGGGAUGAAUGGUCCUUCUACCUACUGCCUUUGGAUGAUGACAUCAUCAGCAUGGAACUGCCAGAAUUCUUCCGUGACUAUUUCCUGGAAGGGGAUCAACGCUGGAUCAGCACCAUGGCCCAGGCUUUGCAGCUGCUGAACUCCCUCUUUGGCCCAUUUACCAGGACCUAUGGAAUUGGCCGGUGUGCCAAGAUGGUCCAUGAGCUCUGGCGUGAAGUGGUGGAAGAGAGCGAGGUUGACAGUGUGGGCCGGAAGCCAGAGAUUGGCCACAUUUUCCUCAUGGACAGAGACGUAGAUUACAUCACGGCCCUUUGCUCUCAGGUGGUGUACGAAGGCUUGGUGGAUGACACAUUCCGCAUCAAGUGUGGAAGCGUGGACUUUGGCCCCGAUGUCACUUCCUCUGACCGGAGCAUCAAAGUCCUGCUGAAUGCCCAGGACAAGGUGUUCAACCAGAUCCGCAACGAGCACUUCUCCAGCGUCUUUGGUUUCCUGAGUCAGAAGGCACGGAACCUGCAGGCACAGUAUGAUCGACGGCGUGGAAUGGACAUCAAGCAGAUGAAGAACUUUGUCUCCCAAGAGCUAAAGGGCUUGAAGCAAGAGCAUCACCUGCUGAGCCUCCAUAUUGGCGCCUGUGAGUCCAUCAUGAAGAAAAAAAUAAAACAAGAUUUCCAGGAGCUAUUGAAGACCGAGCAUGCCCUCCUGGAAGGCUUUGAUAUCCGGGAGAGCGUUAGCUUCAUCGAAGAGCACAUUGGCCGGCAGGUCUCCCCCAUCGAGAGUCUGCGUAUGCUGUGCCUGUUGUCGAUCACAGAGAAUGGGCUUGCCCCCAAGGAUUAUCGCUCCCUGAAAACCCAGUACCUACAGAGCUACGGACCAGAGCACCUGCUGACCUUCCACAACCUGAAGCAUCUGGGCCUCCUGGUGGAGCAGGUGCCUGGGGAGACCCUGACAGCCGUUGAGAAUAAAGUCAGCAAGCUGGUGACUGACAGAGCUGCAGGGAAGCUCUCGGAUGCCUUCAGUUCACUGGCCAGGAAGAGCCACUUCCGAGGCAUCAGCAAGAAGCUGGGACUGAUCCCCCGUGUGGAUGGGGAAUACGACCUGAAAGUGCCCCGGGACAUGGCCUACAUCUUCAGUGGCGCCUACAUCCCCCUCAGCUGCAAGAUAAUAGAGCAGGUGCUGGAGCGCAAGAACUGGCUGGGCCUGGAAGAGGUGGUGCGGCUGCUUGGGGGGAAUGAAUUUGCUGUUGCAGAUGCUGCUCUAGAGGAGAAUCCUGCUUGGGACUCGCAGCGCAUCAUUCUGGUGGUCUUCUUAGGCGGCUGCACCUUCUCUGAAAUCUCCGCUCUUCGCUUUCUUGGCAGAGAAAGAGGAAUCAGGUUCCUAUUCCUGACAACAGCCAUCACUAACAGCUCACGGCUGCUGGAAUCCAUGGUAGAGACGAGGACAUGAGAGCCUGAGCAAGGCACAUGUGAUGUGGAUGGUGGUCUGCAUUUGCGGCAAGGCUACCUGGAAAGUUUCCCUCCCAGUGCUUUCUGAAGGCUGGCAGCUGGGAGAGCCACUUCACCACCCAGCAAAAAACUGGCCUUGGAUAUCUGCUUCCCUCCUUCCUCAGACCAGCCAGGACAGGCUGCAGGCCCCUCUAGCAGGAGCCUGGCUGUCCGCUUAUCUGAACUUUGUGCUGCCUCCUGUCCAAGGACAGGGCCUCACUCCGUCAUGGCGCUUGGCUGUGGCCUUCCCCUGCCCCCUUCCUGCUGCAAUAUUGGGGGCAUGUGGGUGUUCGAGUCACCUGCAAGUUUGACCCCUGUCAUUAGUGUGAGCCGCGUAAUAAAGGUGUGUCUGGCUGCCAGUCCACGUACUGGACUUUUCUUCACACACACACACACACCCCGUUAACAUGGGGGGAAAGCAGGGGUGAGAGGGCAGGAACGGAACUGGGAACAGGAGGGUGGCUGCUGCUUCUGUUGCUGUCUUUUUUGUAUACCAUCGUUCAAAAUUGCCAGAGUGGUUUACAUAAAAAGAAAAACAAAGAAAGAAUAAAGUUGACCUCUUCAACCAUAAAGCAUAAGGGCUCAAA